AUGAGCGAGAAUGGGUCUGAGGACCUGCAUCCUCAUGAUGAAGGACAAAGAUCCUAUGUGCUAGUGACCGGAGCAAACAGCGGCCUGGGCUUUUCCAUAUGCGAGCGAUUGAUCGAUGACUUUAUCGCGACAAAACCGUCUUAUCAGUCUCUGACUCUCAUCAUAACAACUCGAGAUGCCAACAAAAGUAGUCAGACAGUAGCUCGGCUCCAGCGCAACGUCAAUCGCAAAUCAGCACAGCUCGAGUCUCCGUUAUCGACUCGAAUAACCAUCCAGCCGGAGAGGGUUGACUUGACGUCCUUGAAAUCCGUCUAUGUUCUGGCAUCGAACUUGACGAGCAAGAUACCGCAACUUGACUCGAUUAUUCUCAACGCCGGCAUCGGCGCUGUCACAGGUCUCAAUUGGCCAAAGGCUUCAUGGGAAGUUCUCACCAAUACAGUGAACGGCACAACUUACCCAACUUAUAAGAUAACCUCGAUAGGCGACUUAACGGAAUCACAGGAAGCUAUUGACGGAACUUUGGAGGAUGAGGAGAAGGAAGUACCCCUUGGCCAAAUCUUCGCCUCAAAUGUGCUCGGCCACUACAUUCUUACCCAUCUUCUCUUUCCAAUCCUCUCUGCAGCUCCGGAAGGCGGUCGCAUCAUCUUCAUAUCCAGCCUCGAAGCAUAUGCCCAUGCAUUCUCGUUAGAUGACUUCCAGGGACUGCAGACCGCCAAAUCCUACGAAUCGUCCAAACGUCUUGCAGACCUCUUAGUCCUAACAUCUGAUCUUUCUUCCACCUCACCAUUUACCACCCGCUUUCUUGCCCCCCCAGCGUCAAAUCCUUUGAAAGGCAUCCAACUCCACGACAACGCCCCUUCCUCUUCUUCAUCUUCCGACCGUGGCAUCGAACUUGCAGACCACACCAAUUCGUACCCUGCAAUGCCAUCAAAACCAGCCCUUUACGUAGCGCACCCAGGCAUUUGCCAGACAUCUUUUGUUCCAAUGCCGGCCAUCCUUGUGUUCUUCGCAAGUCUAGCUUUCUAUCUCGCGCGGCUUCUUGGUUCGCCCUGGCAUACCGUAUCCUCCUAUAAAGGAGCUGUGGCACCAGUCUGGCUAGCCUUGGCGUCCCGAGAUGAAAUCGAUGAUCUGGAGACCGAGGGAGGAAAAGGAAAGUGGGGGAGUGGAUGUGAUUGGCUUGGACGGGAGAAGGUGGUGAGAACUGGUGUGAAGGGGUGGGGUGUUGGAGGAAGGAUUGGGGAAGGGGGGUGA